AUGAACCAUCCAUCCCGUGCACGCGCGCAGUUCGCCAAUGCAAAGAACGCGAGUUACUACGUACCCGGGGGGGCCCUCGACUCACAAGUGCCGGAUGAUGAAUGGCUUGACCAGCUGCUGUGUGAAGCAUCUAGUUCGGCCACAAACUCAAUCAAGGAAGCAAGCUCAGUCGGCGAGACGAAUUUGGUUGGCGAGGGAGAUCCCGAAGUGUCGACGAUUACGGCUUCGGCCAAACAAGGUACUCCCAGCAAAGGCAAGUGCGAGAAAUGUGCUGUACUCCAAUUACAGGUAACCUCCGAACGCCGUGCCAAAGACGCCGCACUGGCACGUCUAGCUGUUGUGGAGGCGCGGCUGUUGGUUCUCGAGGGACAGAAUGGGGUAAAUGGGAAUGGAAAGCGCAGCCGGACUGACUCAGGGGCAAACUCUACUCCCACGAGCGAGUGCGGCGAAGUUGAAUUCUUUGUUCCCGAGAUCCUGGACGACAGUACUGUUGCCACCGAGGGCCGUACAUCUCCGCCAACACUGCGUGCAGCUCUUGUUUCUUCCGAGGAGGAGGCAGUCGUGGCGGUCGAAAAACCACGCGGCCCAGUUUACUCAGAUCGUUUCCCCAAUCUCUAUUUGACGCCUUCUCCUCUGGCUCUGAAUUCACCGCUGCCUUCACAUUCACAAGAGCCUCUUGGGGCCGGUCUGGACGAAACGACUUCUAUGGUAGAUGCGGAGAGUCAACUUGCGGAGACCCAAUUGUCUUCCCAUGACGAUAGACGGGAAGGCACACACCUCAGACUACCGGAGUACCGUGGCUACAGUCCCCUUGAUGAGACACAUUGGUUUCUUGACACUGUUAGGCGAGCGCGGGAGCACUUCACCGCACCGAACGGGUCUUGUUCGUUGAGUGAUGAUAUAAUCGAGAGUGCCAUUCGGGCCAAGUUUCUUGCCGUGCACGGCUGGGAACCUUGCACCGACCACCCUGCAUGCAUGUAA